AUUAACAAGACUUUUCCUCGACAACAACUUCAUUGAGGAAAUUUCAGGAUUGGAGGUUUUACCGCAUCUAGAAUGGUUGGAUCUUAGCUUUAACCGGAUUAAGAAAAUCGAAAACCUGGAGAUGCAGAAGAAUAUAAAGGUUCUAGCAAUCUUCAACAACUCUAUUGAACAAAUUGAAAAUCUUCAUCACAUGACUAAACUAGAGGUUCUGAGAUUAGGAAAUAACAAGAUAUCAGACAGGGAAUCUAUUCUCUACAUGAGAAAACUUCAAAACCUGAAAACCUUGAGCCUCAAAGGAAACCCUAUCACCAAUAUGAAGGAUUUUGAAGGAUUUGUUGCAGCUUUUCUCCCUGGUCUUGUUUAUUUUGAAUUCAAAAUGGUGAAUUCAAGAACAAGAAGAAUAUUCACAGAACUGUUCCAGGGAGAACUCUUCAAGGUCCAGGGGAAGGAGGAGAAUGAGGAGAGUAAAGCGAAACUACAGAAGGAAGAAAAAGAAUUGAAGGAGAGAGAGAAAAAAGCAUUUGUUGAUAAACUCAGAGGAAUAGAUCUGCUAAACAGUAUGUUUACUGAACACUUAACGGAAGAAGAAAAGGUUGGAGAGGUUCAGAAAGCUCUAGAAUGUCAGGAGAAGUUCAAGAAUGAUUUUCUGGUUAUUCUGAGUAAACUUUACAAUCUUGGGCUACAAGAACUAGAAGAAAGAGAGAUUGAAUGGAAGAGAAUAGAUGAGGGGAUUGAUCUAGCUAAACUAGAACUAGAGAAGGAUAGUUUACAAACUAUUCAAAUAUUUUCAGAGGUUAAGCAGGAUAUGCUGGAUAGGAUGAUAGAACUAGGAGACCAGUUACUGGAUCUGGAUCCAGAUUCUAUAUCAGAACUUCAGGUUCAAGAGGUAGAAACCUACAGAGAAGAGUAUAGAAUGAAGUGUAAAGAACUAAACAAGAAUCUUCUAAAGCAUGAAGUUAUUCUGAUAAAUAGUAUAGAGAGUAUGAUAGAGGCUUAUGAACAGAAGUUAGGAUCAAUGACUGCUAGAUUUCUAAACAGUUGUGGAGGAUUUUUACAAGAAGCAAGAGACCUAGAGACAUUAUAUUUUCAGUAUCUCCUGGAGCUGGUGGACACCUUUGGAGGAAUUAGGACGGAUACUUUACUCAGUCUAGUCGCUUUAUGUCAUGACGCUCAUCAGAAGGUACUGGAUAGACGGCAGGAGGGAUUACGGUUGGCAGUCAAUACUUGGAGAGAAGAUCAUUUUAGACACAUUAGAGAAACAGAAUUUAACAGGUCUAGGAGCCGAGUACUAGAGAUAUCCCAGUAUGUAGAUUGUGUAAGACAGGAACUAGAAGAUAUAGAAGUUUUACCUCAAGCAGAAUGCGUAGAAACAGAGGAGUAAACGAAUAAGGGACUGUCGACGUGUCUCCAAGUGACUGUUUAAUUCAAGAGUUUCAUGCCCGAUUCACAACUCUGCUCUUUAAACCUCUCUAGGAUCCAGGAAGCAAUGCUGAGAUAUCGUCUUUUUUAUUUCAUGAAAACAAAUAAUUUUGUUAAUUCAAUUUCUAGCUUCUAUUGCACUAAAAUCUUAAAAUCCAUAAAGAAAAUCAUAAUUUGAAACCAUCCAUUUUUAGAUAAAAGAGCAACAUAACCUUGAUAAACUUUGCUUAGAAAAAGAUUUGAAAGGUACCGUCGUAAAUCGGGUAUGCCCCCUUUAAAGGGACUUUAAGCGUAAUUUCAAUGAAAAUAGCAAUGCCCUAUUUACAACGGUACCCUUAACAGCUUGUUGUAAAAGAGAUGUCAAAGGAAAUAAAUUUAAAACAAUUUAUAAUUUUCUACUUUCCUUAUCUUUGCAACCAUGUGUAGACCUUUAAUAUCUCCAACUAUGAAUUCAAGUAAAUCAAAUGAUCAAUGUUAGAAAAUCAAAAAUCGAAAUUAGAGUGUGUGGCAAGAGUCCGCAGUUCCUUUUUAUUAAGUUUAAAACCAUUCAAUGUAUUGUUUCUCUGACGUUAAAGGUCAUUUUUAUAUAUCUCUACAUGUAAAAAAUACCAAAAUGUAAUUUAUAUUUCUUACUUUUACAGCUUUAACAUUAUAAAUAAACGCUAACAUGAAAA